AACACAAAGAUUGUUACCGCUGUUGUUUGCAACACAACAAAAAGAUCAGUCAUCAGUUAAAAUCAACUUUGCUUCACAUUUUGACAAAGAAAUCGGCAAGCAAAGCAAGAGCUCCAAAUCGAAAACUGUCAAAAUGUCGAUCAAUGCACAAGUCCACCUUACUAAUAACGAAAAUAAUAAAAAGAAUGACAAAACACUUAAACAAUUGUUUCCAAAACGUGAUGAGUGCUCACAUGUUUCUUGUUAUUGUGAAGAAAACGUCUGGAAACUAUGUCAGGAUGUGUCAUUGAGAAUUCCAGAAGAAUUGGACAGAUGUUUCAUCGUAUUUAUAUCGAACCCCUGCCGUACGGUGCCUCUAUGGAAACAAAGGGCUGGGCGCGAGGAGGAUCGUCUCGUCAUAUGGGAUUACCAUGUGAUAUUUCUUUACUCCUGGGAUAAUAAAACCUGCCUUGUGUAUGACUUGGACUCUGAGUUGCCAUUCCCAACAUUUUUCCACAAAUAUGUUACUGAGACAUUUAGAACAGACCAAGUUCUGAAGUCAGACUUUCACAGGUUCUUCCGUGUAGUGCCUGCAAAACAAUUUCUGCAAACAUUUGCUUCGGAUCGUCGUCAUAUGAAGAGACCAGAUGGCUCAUGGAUUAAGCCACCACCACCAUACCCAGCAAUAUGUACACCAACAUCAACUCACAAUCUAGAUGAGUACAUCAACAUGGACCUAGGUGUUGGCCCUGGUCAGGUAUUUAACUUGACAGACUUUGUUCAGCGGUUCUACAAGAUAAACAAGUAGUACAAAUAUGGUACUGGUAGAUAGUCAAAUGUUAUUUUAGAAUUAGUUCCAUGGCCCUAUUGGUUUGUGUUUUAUGUUGAUUAUGUUUUAAUAAUCUUGUUUUUUUUGUUAUCCCCAAAUAUUCAUUUAUUGCCCCAAAUAAUUACUAUUACUAAAAAACAGGAAUUGUGGUGCCAUACUGGUGACAGUUUUAUGCCAAUGUUAAUGAUAUGUAAUUUUCUUUAAUAUUAUGAUAGUAGAAAUUAUUCUAAGUUAAAGUGAAAAUUGGUGAUGCUUUAUAGAUUGGUUAAAAGUGAAUUAUCAAACAAUACAUAAAGAGUGAAGUUAACAUUUUGAAAGCACAAUACAUUAACAAAUUCUCCUCACAAACACAAAGAAAUGAUAUAUAAUGCACAAAAGUUACAUAGUAUCAAAUCAAACAGUAUCACUAAAUUUUAAAUAUAUAAAAAAGAAAUAUUUUUAUGUAGGUUUAUCUGAAUAAAUAUUGAAAUGAUUCAUUAUUGUAGUGUUUACAGUUAUAUUUACAUAAUAUAUUAUAAAUAAGCAGUUAUAAAUCAGAAGCCUACAUGAAAAUAUAUAAUUCUAAAAUAAUUUGAAUAAUGAUAAUAUUGAAUAUGGCAAGUUAUAUAAUAAUUCAGGGCACUUCUAUUCCCUUUAAAAAUUAGCUGAUUUUGAUAUAGAUAGUUAAAUUAUUCAGCAUAGAUUAUAUAUUUAACCAAGAGGCUAGUGCUUAAAAGUUUCAAUUUUAUAUGAAUAAUAAUAUUAAUGAGUGAAUAGUGUUUUGGAUGUUCUGCUGUUUUCUUUCUAAUUGUCGUUGUUGUGAAAGAUUAUAAUUACGUAUUACGUAGAUCAUAUAUUUAUUCUCAUUUUGACUGAGGUAAUCCUUGUUUACGGAUUGUGUGUUACCUUGAGUGAUAUAUUAAAGUUUAAGUAACUUUAUAGUAGUGUAUAUGGUCGCAGGUAGCUUUUGUAUGUUGUUAAACUAUUUAAUAAUUUUGUAACAACUUUUAUACACUCUUUUUAUUCUUCCCUAGCACCCUUAGAAAAUGAUAAAAAUACCAAAAAAUAUAUUUAAGAAUAUUCGCUUACGAUAAGGGUUAUUCCAAUGUUUAAUCCACUUCUAUAGAGAAGGAAUCAGUUUGUUCAAGUCCUUCCACCUAGCUAUUUAGUAUUAAUUGAUAUAAUUAUGCAAACAUAAGGAAUCUUAUCUAUUGUUCAAAAUCUUGAAAUGUUUAUUUUACCUAAUAUAUUUACACUAUAUAAAUUAUACCUAUUUUACAUUUUCUCUAUUAUGAGUAAUUGAGUAUAUUACCUAUUUAAAAACUUUAUAAUUAAUUAAGGUUAAGAGUAUUACAAUAGCACAGAAGAUGAGGUUACAAAUAUUGGGUUCGUGAUUAUUUUUAUUAUUAAUGCAUAACUUGUAUCAACUUGACUAUCCAAAUGAUUUCUGCAGGGUUCGUGAUCUGUGUUCGUACUUUUAAAAACUGUCCAAUCUUGUAUUUAUUAAGGUUUUAAACCUUUUUAUUUAAACCCUCCUAUUUAAAUAUGCUUAUCUGCCUACUAUCUUGGAUAAAUUUAAGCGCAUUUAAAGUCUAGUCAUUAUAUUUAUUGAUCCUCCUGUUAUUGAAUUCGUCACAUUAGUAUUUAGUCGAGGCGUAGCUGGAUAUUCUAUGGGACCAAACUCUUUCGACUGGAUGCGGUGAAACCCGGAGCGUAGAGCGAAUAUUUAAUUCCUGGAAGUGUGUUUACGACCCAUUGGUUACGCCUUAGUCCUACAUAUUAUCCACUUGUUACCGACUUACUCAAUCGAUACCUUCCUUCUACGCCUUCAAGUUUUAUCUAUUGACUGACAUAUGAGUGAUAAUUAUUGUGCUUGUGCUUUUAAUGUACCAAGUUACAUGUUUUUAUUUUAAGAUUUAUCAAGCAAAAUAAAAGAAACACUACACGCUA